CUAGCUCGGUAGUAGCGGAGUAGCGGCGAAAAAAAAAUAUCCCUCCUCGCGCCGUCUGGCGUUGUGCUGUGCCUCGGAUAGUCCGCUAAAAACAAAAGCGACGGUAUUUCGCGGGUGGCUACACACACAAUGGCUGCGUUCCAGGGUCCCGCGUACGGAUUAAGCCGGGAAUGCAUGCUAAAGGCACAGGCAAAGUUUGAAAUGCCGCGAGCUGUCGAGGCGCUGGACUGGAUCAAAGCCGUCACCGAGCUCGACCUGGAUCCACCAAACUCGGAGAAAGGCUUUCAGGACCAGCUGGACUUUGCAGACGUCUUGAAAGAUGGGACAGCGCUUUGCACGCUUAUUAACAAACUUCAACCCGGUUCUGUGCCAAAGAUUAACACAAUGAAAGCACCAUUCAAACAGAGGGAGAACUUGGAAAUGUUUCUCAAAGCCUGUGAAAGCUAUGGGCUCAAAUCGCACGACCUUUUCCAAGUGAACGAUUUGUAUGAAAGGAAAAACCUUUACAUGGUUGUCAACUGCAUGUUCGCGUUAGGUGGUUUGGCACAGAAAAAGGGAUACCCAGGUCCCACAAUUGGAGUCAAGGUAGCCGAUGAAAACCGACGAGGCUUCACCAAGGAGAAACUGCAGCUCGGCAAGACCAUCAUCGGACUACAGUCGGGCACGAACAAAGGAGCGUCUCAGGCUGGGAUGACACCAUACGGUGCAUCGAGGCAGAUCCUGCCGGACGGCCGAUGAACUGACUGGUCUGUUUUCCGUGCCCCCUGACAACGGUGAACCAAUCCAUCUCCGCAUCCAUCUUUCUCCCGCACCAUCGAAUUUAUGCAGAAAGUGUUCUCGUGCGAUGCAUCUUCCUUCGAAGUGUCGUUCGCAAGCGGCUGGACGCUUGCUGGUGGUAUGUGCCAACUUCUGCAAUAGUAGACGUGCAUUUAUUUCGGCCGGCGUGCUCUCCCGUCGUCUUCGACCGGCCCUCUGUGGUUUUACACUGGCUUGUUGCUGUGACAGAUCUUCUUCCACUUGUGGCGUGCCUCACAGUGCCUUCAUCCCUUGAACCUUCUAGUUUGUUGCACCAGCCUCGUACAAGUUGCAGAACCCUUUCGUUUACUUUUUGUUGCCGUGUCAGUGUUUCCGAAGUAUUGUCUUCACCUUGAUUUCUCGGGGAAGGCUUAGUAUUGAAAUUAGGAUUUUGAAAUUUAAAAUAAGAAGGCGUAUAUUGACGUGUUGAGUAUGUGUGUUAGCUUUUGCUGUUGCUUCAUUGAAAAUAAAUGCUGAAAGCAGAGAAAGGCCA